UCGAUAGCUCUAUCGAUGGUCAGGCGCUAUCGAGGUACCAUCCAACAUCGAUAGUUCCCGAUAGCUUAUUUGAAAUCAUUGAUAAUGAAAACAAUGGCUUCGUAACAGUCACCAAUCUGCAUCCAAAAAAGGAAAAUUGCUUUAUAAUGUUUUUAAAUGAUAUUGGACAGCCGUGCAUAUUACAACAUAAAUCAUGUGGCCCAUAUAGGCAACAUAAUGGACCGUUGCUUUUGAUCUCCGCCGCAUUUGUAGAUCAUGUACCUUCUGCACAUUGGUGUAAAAUAAUUGUGGGCUCCGCGCGGGAUGUGCAACGGUAUAAAAAUACUUUGCCUUGUACAGAUGAGUCUUACAAUUACAUAGUCUUACAACCCAAAGAGCCUAUGAAAGUUAAGUUCGAAAACACUGAGAUAAUGGUGACUUUAAUACCGGCAAAAAGAAACAUAAGCUUUUAUCUUCUGAAUGAUAAAUGCAUAAAUGUACUCAUUGCCGAUUUUGUCUUUGGUUCCUUGGACUUCAUAGCAAAUGCAGGAAUAUUUUUCCACCAGAUGCUUAGCGAAGGCAUAGAUAUUAUGUAUAUAGACAAUUUACUUUUAGAUUGUGGCCAGGAAACGGACAAGGAAGGAUUCUAUGCGCUUGUGGAUUUGAUUAGACCAAAGUUCUUGUAUGGUUUACGGCGAGGCAAAAUACCGAAGGAUUUGAUAGAUUUGUGUAAGCCAAGAGCUUAAUCAAGAUUUAAAUACACACGAUUAAAGUAUAACUUGUUUAUAAAGUAUUGUUUAUAAAAUGUUAGUUAACUAAAAACUUCUACUAAU